UCCCCUCGCCAGCCCCUCCCCUUGUGGGAGUUCCUCCGGGAGGGCCAAUCUUCCGGGUGUAGGGGGACGCGGCGUGAUUGGAGUGGAAAUUUUUUCUAACACAACAAAUGCAACAUAUUGAAAGGUGCGCAAGACAGCCAGAGUACAAACGGGGGUGACUGAAUGAAACUUCUACUCUUCCUUCAGAUCUUUUAACCACUGGACUUCACUCAAACCCCAAUUACUUUUACUUCCCUUCGUUUUGGUACGGUCCUUAGAGUACGGAGCCUGCAGAGGGUCCCACGCUGGAGGAGAGAGAGGAGGAGUCGGAAGAGACAUUAGAGGUCACCCAAAGCAGCCGUCCCCUCUGCAGCCUCUGAAAAGUGCUUUUCAGGUUCAUACUUAAGGAUUCAUAACUUUCUUCUGAAGAACUGAAAGUGUCCAUGUGAACUAUUUUAUUUUAUCAUACAUCUUCCUGUGUGACAGAACAUUCUUCACAAUCCAAAAGAAAAAGAAGAGACUCAUUCGGGAUGUUCGACGGUUAUGAUAGCUGCAGUGAGGACACAAGUAGCAGCUCCAGCUCCGAGGAGAGUGAAGAAGAAGUUGCUCCUUUACCUUCCAAUCUUCCAAUUAUCAAAAACAAUGGACAAGUGUACACAUACCCAGAUGGUAAAUCUGGCAUGGCCACCUGCGAGAUGUGUGGGAUGGUUGGUGUGCGAGAUGCCUUUUACUCUAAAACAAAACGUUUCUGCAGUGUUUCCUGUUCAAGAAGUUAUUCGUCAAACUCCAAGAAGGCAAGCAUUUUGGCCAGACUUCAGGGUAAGCCUCCAACAAAAAAAGCAAAAGUUCUUCAGAAACAACCUUUAGUUGCUAAACUAGCUGCUUAUGCUCAGUAUCAAGCUACCUUGCAAAAUCAAGCAAAGACGAAAGCAGCAGUCUCCAUGGAAGGUUUCAGCUGGGGUAACUACAUCAAUAGCAAUAGCUUUAUAGCGGCACCAGUUACCUGUUUUAAGCAUGCACCUAUGGGGACCUGCUGGGGUGAUAUCUCAGAAAAUGUGAGAGUAGAAGUUCCCAAUACAGACUGCAGCCUACCUACCAAAGUCUUCUGGAUUGCUGGAAUUAUAAAAUUAGCAGGUUAUAAUGCCCUUUUAAGAUAUGAAGGAUUUGAAAAUGACUCUGGUCUGGACUUCUGGUGCAAUAUAUGUGGUUCUGAUAUCCAUCCAGUUGGUUGGUGUGCAGCCAGUGGAAAACCUCUUGUUCCUCCAAGAACUAUUCAACAUAAGUAUACAAACUGGAAAGCCUUUCUAGUGAAAAGACUUACUGGUGCCAAAACACUUCCUCCUGAUUUCUCACAAAAGGUUUCUGAGAGUAUGCAGUAUCCUUUUAAGCCUUGCAUGAGAGUAGAAGUGGUUGACAAGAGGCAUUUGUGUCGGACACGAGUGGCGGUAGUGGAAAGUGUAAUUGGUGGAAGAUUGAGACUAGUGUAUGAAGAGAGUGAAGAUAGAACAGAUGACUUCUGGUGCCAUAUGCACAGCCCCUUAAUCCAUCACAUUGGUUGGUCUCGAAGCAUAGGCCAUCGUUUCAAAAGAUCAGAUAUUACAAAGAAACAGGAUGGACAUUUUGAUACACCACCACAUUUAUUUGCUAAGGUAAAAGAAGUAGACCAGAGUGGGGAAUGGUUCAAGGAAGGAAUGAAAUUGGAAGCUAUAGACCCAUUAAAUCUUUCUACAAUAUGUGUCGCAACCAUUAGAAAGGUGCUGGCUGAUGGAUUCCUGAUGAUUGGGAUCGAUGGCUCAGAAGCAGCAGAUGGAUCUGAUUGGUUCUGUUACCAUGCAACCUCUCCUUCUAUUUUCCCUGUCGGUUUCUGUGAAAUUAACAUGAUUGAACUUACUCCACCCAGAGGUUACACAAAACUUCCUUUUAAAUGGUUUGACUACCUCAGGGAAACUGGCUCCAUUGCAGCACCAGUAAAACUAUUUAAUAAGGAUGUUCCAAAUCAUGGAUUUCGUGUAGGAAUGAAAUUAGAAGCAGUAGAUCUCAUGGAGCCACGUUUAAUAUGUGUAGCCACAGUAACUCGAAUUAUUCAUCGUCUCUUGAGGAUACAUUUUGAUGGAUGGGAAGAAGAGUAUGAUCAGUGGGUAGACUGUGAGUCUCCUGACCUCUAUCCUGUAGGGUGGUGUCAGUUAACUGGAUAUCAACUACAGCCUCCAGCAUCACAGUCAUCAAGAGAAAGCCAAUCAGCUUCAUCAAAACAGAAGAAAAAGGCUAAGUCCCAGCAAUACAAAGGACAUAAGAAAAUGACUACGUUGCAGCUGAAGGAGGAGUUGCUAGAUGGAGAGGAUUACAACUUCCUCCAAGGAGCAUCUGAUCAGGAAAGCAAUGGCUCUGCCAACUUCUACAUCAAACAAGAGCCAUGAGGUGGCUCAGAAACUGAGGGUGGGAGGGGAAAAAUUUUACACAGAACUGAUUUAUAAUCAAUCCAGCUGUACAGCGGGCUAUUCUACUGGGACAUUUUGCUAAACACAGAAAAUUUCAGUUCCAGAUUUUUCAGGUGGGUAGGGAAACUAUUUUAGCUGGGUGGGGGGGGAAAUUUUUCAAUUUAUAAAAAGAUGGACAAUUUUUGUGUUGUAUUUGAAGCUUUUGAAAGAAUUUUGUAAUAUUUUCCAAGUUUGGAUUUAUGUGCAUUGUUAACAAGAACUGAAAAUCUUAACUUUUUUGGUAAGAUUAAAGUUUAGGUAGCAGGAUUGAAGGAAAUGAUUUAAGAAGGAUAUAGUUGUAAAUGCAAAUGAACUGUCAUUACAAAUGAACCUUUUUGGUACCUGUUGGGAGAUUUUUGGAUUUUAGAAGUUAAGCCAGUCACAUCUCCAGCUUCCUUUGCUGCAGAAAUAUGCAACUGAACCCCUCAUGGAGGGCUCAUCACCAUGUAGAUCACGGAAGGGGUAAUUAAUUCUGCUUGAUGGCAUUUUAUUGCAGCCCAUUUUAAUGUUUGUACAGAAAUGUUUUUCAUUCUGUGAAAAUUUAUUUGGAGUUCUAUAUGAAACUGGAAGAACUCUGGAUACAUUUAUGUGUUCUUUUAAGUAAAAAAUGAUUCAAAUUAUCCUAACACUAAAGUGUUUAAACUGGAAUGGUUGACAAGAUAUACAGGAUCUCGAUAUUGCGGGGUUAGGGAAUACAUAUUGCGGGGUUAGGGAAAAUGCAAUAUUAUCCUAAGUUUAUUUUCUUUUCCUUGCUAAAAUAAACCCCACAAAAAGGGAUUCUGAUUAGUUCUCUGCCAUUUCCCUCCAUCUGUGAGAUAGCAACUUGGCAUGACCACACCCCAAAACGGAUGUUCUAUAUUACCAAAACAAUCAAAAGUUGUUCAAAGCCGAAAUAGGUUUAGAUUUCAAAAUCAUUCCAGCUCCACAUUUAACUAGCUUGGAUUUGUUAGAAAACUAAUUUGAAAGAGAAUUUAAUUUUCAUGCAAUUCCUAUAUCUAGUAUGAAUUAUCUUUAUUUGUAGUCAGAAUUUAUUUUAACAGUAAUAACAGUAAGUGAUUUGGACCAUUUUGAACAUUCCCUAUUUUAAAAUUCACAUGGCUUCCUUUAAAAUUAGGGUACAAGGGUAAAUUGGUGAAAGGUUUGCUGUUUUCUUACCUUCUACCGAGUUGUGACUGAAUGAGAGAGCUCUAGCGUUUACCAGUGAGGUUCAUAAACUAAACUCUCAGGAAUUCAUUGCAUCUGUUGUAGAAGUGCUUCUGGGUCUUAGCCUGGCCUCUUCAGAGUGAUAAUACUGACCAUCUCCUCUGGAAUAUAGGCAGGGCUAAUUAGAAAUUAAUCAAAAUGAUUAACCUCUACAGUCCUUCAGCCUAUGAAAUGCUUUAAAAAAUGUUAGAAAGUCCCAGGAGACCAUUUUAGGUAAGAUUUUUGUUUGAAUUUUAAAAUGCAUAGAACGUUUAAAACCAGCAAUUUAUUUUCUAAAAUAUUGCUCUACUUUUGGGAAUAAUAGCAUUGGUAAUACGCACAGGUUUACCUCAUUCUAUGCAAGAGGGGUUAAUAUCAUAAGAUUUUGUAGUAGCUACUGGAAGUAAAAUGUGUUACUUUAUAAUGUAAGAAUGUAUGGAAUCGCAUGUCACCAUUUCUUAAUACUGACUCUUUGGGGGCAUAAAUGCAGAUCACAUCAACGCAAGUUGAUUCUCGUGUCAAAUAUAUGUGAAUUCAGCUGUAAAUUACUGGAUAUCUUAAACAACAUUGCUGAGAGGGACCUACCAUAAAUGUGACAUCCUCACACUUCCCAAAUCUUGAACUUUGAAGAAUCUUCCCGUAAACUUAAAGCCUAGAAGAGUUCCAAGGCAAAGGGUACAGCAGUCUUUAUUCUCAGGCUCAGUGGAUUAAAUACAGGACUGUGGCUCCAUGAUGUAGGCUCAAGAAGCCUGUGGUGUACCUUGGGUGUAGGGAUCCUCUGGGGAACUGAAUAAACCAAGAGGGAUGUGAUUUGGAGCCAACCAGUCCUGGUAAUUAGUUCUGUGAAUGCUCAUCUGUAGCCAGGUUUUAUAAGCUUCCAGUUCUGUAGCAAAAACCAGGCUCUGAGUGUUUUAGGAUUUCCUACAUACUCAUGAAGUGUUUUUUGUCUUGAUCCAGUGACCAACAGUUAAGGGUUGGUAAGGACUUCCUACGGUCUAAACACAACCUGAAGCCCUCCUCAUUACUCAUACUCUAACUCCUGCUGCUGAGAACAGAAAAUAAGUCAAUGCAGAGGAGAUAUAUGUCUCAGCCAUAACUCUUGAUUGUACAACUCAGUAGACCCAUUCUCUUACGGUUCACAGUGUACUGCUGACCUUGGGUUUGUUUUUGUUUUUGUUUUCCUGUUAGGAUUACUUGGGGACUUUUGGUAGUUUAAACUCUUUAACCUUUUCCUUGCUGUGUAUGAGGAAAGCUAAAGCUGUUAUCAACUUCUUAUUCUACGGAUACUAACACGGGUUUUCAGUGUUUGUUUGUUUUUAUUAUUAUUAAUUUUGUGUGAUGUGAAUACCCUCUCCCAUCAAUAUUUGUAUUAUGGUGCUAUAUAUUUGGUAAUGAUCCUUUAAUAUUGGGAAGGGAUUUUAAAAAUACUGUGAUUAAACUGGGUUUCUUCCUUUGAUUUUCAUAUUUUAAAUAAAGCCACAGUCAUUUAUACAAAAGAAAAGCAUCUCUCUGUUCCUAGGCAAAUCUUUUGAGGACAGAGAUCAAAGUAAACUGCAUAAGGUUUUUACAUCAUUUCUGUAUGUAUUUGAUAUAUAGAUCAAUAUCUGUACAAAUUUAAUCUUUUAUUUUCUGGUAACUUGUGAUCAUUGAGAAAGUGUGUGAAACUUUCUCAUGAAGUGUAUAUAAUGGCGUGAAAAAUUCCUUCAGAGAAAUUUAUGUUCCUUUCAUUUUUACCAAAUUGCAAAUUUUCAGCAUGGAUGUGAAAAGCAUUAAAAUUAUAACUUUGUGUACAAGAUUAAAAUAAUUCACUAAAUUUGCCCUUUUUUACACAAAAUAAAAUGUUAAAGUU